GGCCCGCUGCAGUUUCCAUGCAGUUGGAAGCAUUUCGUGUUGCAUUCUGCAGUUUCUCUGAAGUGAACCGCACUUAAUUUGGUGCCAGUAAUUGACAACCAUGUCCAAAACUUCGGAAUCUCGCUCUUAUUUGGUUCUGGAGAAUUACAUCGGAGGAAAGUUGGUCUCUUGCCGGAGUUACAUCGACUCAUACGACCCGUCCACCGGUGAGGUCUACUGCAAAGUGCCGGACAGCGGAAAGGAGGAGGUGGAUGCAGCGGUGGCAGCAGCUAAAGAAGCCUUCCCCGAGUGGUCUGCACGCAGCCCAGACGAGCGAGCAAAAGUCCUCCACAAGCUGGCUGACCUGAUUGAAGCCAACCUGGAGGAGUUUGCACAAGCUGAGUCCAAAGACCAAGGUAAAACAAUAACCGCUGCACGGACUGUGGAUAUUCCCCGGGCAGCGUACAACUUCCGCUUCUUUUCAACAUCUAUGCUUCACCACACCACUGACUGCAGCCCGAUGGACCAUGUGGGGUGCCUGAACUACACUAUCCGUUGCCCUGUGGGAGUGGCUGGUUUGAUCAGUCCCUGGAAUCUGCCCCUGUACCUUCUGACCUGGAAGAUUGCACCUGCAAUCGCUGCAGGCAACACAGUGGUGGCCAAACCCAGCGAGAUGACCUCUGUGACCGCCUGGAUGAUGUGCAAGUUGAUGCAGCAAGCUGGUGUUCCUCCAGGUGUCGUCAACAUUGUUUUUGGCACUGGUCCAAGAGCCGGUGACGCUCUUGUUGGUCAUCCCGAGGUCCCGUUAAUCUCCUUUACUGGGUCCACAGCCACUGCCCAGCGUAUUACCGAGCGGAGCGCCCCCUACUGUAAGAAGCUCUCUCUGGAGCUGGGAGGUAAAAACCCAGCCAUUAUUUUUGCUGAUGCAGACUUGGACCAGUGCAUCGAGACCACCGUCCGUUCCAGCUUUUCCAAUCAGGGAGAAAUCUGCCUGUGUACCAGCAGGAUUUAUGUAGAGAGGAGCAUUUACUCUGAGUUCCUGGAAAGGUUUGUGGCUGCAGCUAAGAAGUGGAAGACGGGCGCCCCCUCCGACCCCAGCAGCAAAAAUGGAGCUCUCAUCAGUAAAGAACACCUGGAGAAGGUUCGUAGCUACAUUGCCCUCGCCAAAUCAGAAGGCGGCAAAGUCCACUGCGGUGAAGGGGUCGACCAGCUGGACCUCCCCGAGCGCAACAAAUCUGGCUACUUCAUGCCGACGACGGUCAUCUCAGGCAUGUCUGACAGCUCCCGCGUCAUGCAGGAGGAGAUCUUUGGCCCUGUCACCUGCGUCAGCCCCUUCGACACCGAGGAUGAGGUUGUUGCCAGGGGCAAUGGUGUGCGUUAUGGUCUGUCAGCCGUGGUGUGGUCCAAGGAUGUGGGGAAGGUUCACCGGGUGGCCAAUCGGUUACAAGCAGGUCUGGUGUGGACCAACUGCUGGCUGGUGAGAGAUCUGAACCUCCCGUUUGGAGGAAUGAAGAACUCUGGUGUGGGAAGGGAGGGAGGGAAGGAUUCCUAUCACUUCUUCACAGAGGUGAAGAGCGUCACCAUCAAGCACUGAGGGAGGAAAGUAAGGGGGCAGAUCUUCAACAAAAAUGUUUUCUUGUAGAAGUUGUAGUCUGAGAAGUACACAGAUGUAGGGUGAGCUUAGAGCCUGUUUACAUGAGAACGAUUUGCUGGAAAUAGUAUCAUUUUUCUUUUUUCAUUUUUCGCGUGCAGAUGGCGAUGUUUCAAAAAUGAUCUCCAUUCACACAGAACUGCAAGAGAUGUUGAAAGGGCUGUAGUUUCCAUACCAGGCCAGAAGUUGGCGGUGUGUGUUUUGUGAUGCAACAACAUGCACAUGUAAGAAAUGUGUCUCCGCUGAUCCAGGUGAUGUACAGUGUGUUGGAGAAUUGCUCAAAAGAGCGAGCAGCACGAACAGCACGCUGAAAUCCGCCAUAGUUACUGUUAUCGAUCUACUCACACAUAUGCAGAAAAAGCGCAGGAGCUGCAACCGUAGUGCGCAUGUGCCAGGACCUCCUGUUACAGGUUUUUCCUGGUUAGACGGAGAACAAAGUGUUUCAAAAAAGAUCCCACUCUGGAGCCCUCCUUCAGGGACUCAAAACGCUGCUGUUGUGUAAACGAACAUCCAAAAUGCAGCACAAGUGUACCGUUAUCACCUGAAAACGUUCUCAUGUAAACGGGGUGUCACAGUGUUCAUCAACUCUUAUUCAACAAAUUUCCUGAGCUUCUGAUUAACUCGCAUCUGUACAAUACAAAGGUCAAAAAGUCAGCCUCGAACAACAAAAAUAACUAGCAGAGCUCUAAUAUAAAUGUGUAUUAAUGAGGAAAUGUGUAAUAACUGAAUCCAGCAGUUCAGCAGCCACUAACUGUGAAUAAAGUUGCUGAGGUGCUGAAAUUGCAUUUGAAGUUAAUUAUUUAUGGAUGAAUUCUCAACCAUUAAAUUUGCAGAUGAAAACAAAA